AUGGCCUUUGAGGGAAGAAGAAGAAUUUUGGAAGAUGUGAUGAAUGCACUCAAAGAUCCCACUGUUCAGAUGAUUGGGCUGUGUGGAAUGGGUGGCAUCGGCAAAACCACACUUGCAAAAGCAAUAGCUCGACAAGCAAAAGAAGUGAAUCUGUUUGAUAAGGUGAUGGAUAGUGCUGUUUCUCAAACUCCUGAUUUUUCAAAAAUUCAAUGUGAAAUAGCAAAUCAUCUUGGUUUUAAAUUCGACACUGUUGAGACCGAACCCAUAAAAGCAGAUAAGCUUCGCCAAGAGUUAAGUAAACAAGUGAAGGUUUUGAUUAUUCUUGAUGAUAUUUGGAAGGAAAUAAAUCUGUUUGAAAUUGGAAUACACUUUAGCAAUAAUCAAAACGGGUGCAAGAUCAUUAACCACGUGAAAGAAGCUCAGAGGAACAGUUGGCUUGCGAGCCUCGUCCAGGUGGGACGCAUCAAAUUUUACCCUGCAAUAAGAGUGUUUUGCUCGAUUUCCAAUAGGAGGAUGGUGCGCCAUGGAAUUGGCGUAUGA